AUGGAUGAGGAGGUGGCACGGGUGGUUAUGGAUUCUAAGGAGGAUAUAUGGAAAAGUAAGGAGAUGUCCGAGAUUGUGAAUGGCUUCUUCGAGAACAGCUUAAGGACCCUUGAUUUCUGCACGGAGCUCAUGAGCAGCUUGAAGCAUGCAAAGGAUAGACAAUUUAUGUCUCCCCUAGCACCUGAGAGGCCCGAAGAAGAUCACCAAGGCAUUUCCAAUCGUGGAGAAGAAACAGAGAAAAGCAGAAACAUGUACUUAAAGACCUUGGAGGAGCUGAAGACGUUGAAUGGGACCCUAUGCACAGAAGAGCUUUUACAAAUCUUACAGACAGUUUACGAGAGCCACAUUAAGGUGCUCGAGAGGCUGAAAAAUGGGAAAUUGAAGCUUCACAAGAAGUUAAGGGGUGUUCAAUCUUGGAGGAAGGUCACGAGAGUGAUCUUUGUCACGACUUCGGCGGCAGUGGUAAUAUGCUCGGUGGUAGCGGCUGCUGCAGGGGCAGCCUCGACAGUGGUGGCAAGCUUAUCAGCUGCCACUGCAUUCCCUAUUAGCUCAGUAGGCAAGUGGAUCGACGGACUCUUGAAAAAGUACGAAGAUGCACUUAAAGGACAAAUAGAGGUUCUCAGCUCUAUGCAGGUGGGCACCUGUGUUGUCCUAAAGGACUUGAAGACGAUUGGACUUUCCAUAGGAAAGCUUGAUAAAGAGCUCAAGUCGCUUACAGAGACUACUGAUCCCAUAGUGGAUUCGGAAGUAUCUGUUAAGAAAGACAUAGGGGAGGUCAAGGAGCAACUUUGGGAUUUUAUGGAGUGUGUUGAUGAACUAGGGGUCUGGGCCGACCGGUGCAGCCACCAGAUUCGACAAGCAAGGAUGGUGGUUCUCCGUAGAAUCAUUAACCGCCGUGAGAACUUGAAUUAA